CGACGACAUCCGCCUUCCAUCCUCACCACCCUCCGAUCUUAUGUCAAGACUAUACCAGAGCAUCCGGGCUUCCUUCUGUGCCCCUGAUUGUGCACUCAUAACUAUGUCUGGCUACCUACGAUAGUACCGUGUGCAUAUCGAAUCCGAAUCACCACCCGUUCCGCCGACCACGCCUUCCACCAUGGCGGGAUACAUGCAGGCGCAGGACCAGGUGCAGGCCAUGGUGGCUCAAGUAAAGACUUUAACUGUGGAAAAAUUAAAAACACUGCUCAGAACAGAGGGAUUGCCUGUGUCGGGGGUAAAGAGUGAACUCCAGAUAAGGACUAUUGCACGUAUGGCCACUGCCCAACAUCACUGCCCGCACACAGCUCGAUUCGAACCGCAGCCUAACUUUGCCAUUCGGACAGACAUUGAGAAACUGCGCAAUGCCGAUGAUCAGAUGGGUUUGAGCAGGGUACGGGGAAAUAUUCGAGGCAUUCCUCCGUCCUACAACAACAAUCACACCUACCCUUCGCCAUACUCUGCCCAUACGCCAACCUCUUCCGCUUCUCCUCAAUUUUCGUCGCCGAAUCCUCGUGGCAUAUACACCAACAUGCCUUCAACAAGUUCUCCGUAUUCGUCUAAUCGGAUCAAUUUCAAGAAUUCGCCAUUCUACAACAUAAUCAGACCGCUCACCCAGACUAUAGAGUGCAGAGCACGAGAGACGUCCCGAGAGACCGCUCGACUCACAGUCACGCUUGGCCAACAGGUUGCAGAUCAACUGGAAUCGGACCCGACAUAUCGGAUUAUGGUUUUCUGUGCUGGAGAAGGCUUGCCAUUCAGAGAAUCCGACAUCGCAUUUCCUCAUAACGUGGAAUUGAAGUGCAAUUCAGACGAGGUCAAAGUGAAUUUACGAGGGCUAAAAAACCGCCCUGGGUCAACAAAACCAGCUGAUAUCACUGACUUCCUACGGAAAAAGCCGCCAAACUAUCCGAAUAUCGUGGAAAUGAUCUAUGCUUUAACUUCUAAGGCAAAACCGGCUAUACAGAAAUUCUACCUAGUUGUCAAUAUGGCUCAGAAGAAAAGUAUUGACUCCUUGGUCUCCGAAAUCCGGCGAGGGCGAACGAUCAGCAAGGAACAAGUCUUGAGAGAAAUGCGAACCAAAGCAGAUGACCCUGAUAUCGUCGCGACCUCGAGUGUUCUGUCCUUGAAAGACCCCGUCGCAUACACUCGGAUCGUCACACCCUGUCGCUCCAUCGGGUGCAACCACAAUCAGUGCUUUGACGCCGCAUGUUACCUCCAACUUCAAGAACAAGCGCCAACGUGGACAUGCCCGAUAUGCAACAAGGCGGCUCCCUGGGAAAAUCUGGUGUUGGAUCAGUAUGUUAAUGACAUUCUGAACUCGACGCCAACAGAUACUGAAGCCGUCACUGUACAACCUGAUGGACUAUGGGCGAUUCAUAAGGAGAACGAAACUUCGAACCAGCGGAAAUCCAAUCCUACGCCAAGCGAUGAUGAUGAUGACGACGACGACGACGAUGGAGAUCUCGUGGAAUUAGGAGACAAACCAAACAUUCGGCCGAAGGUUGAGGCACUGACACCACACAGUGUUAGAACGCCACCUCUUUCUUCAAGAGAGGAAUCCAGCGCACCGUCUGCCUCAAGAUCGAAGCGGCCUCGCGAGGAUGUCAUUGACUUAACUCUGAGCGAUGACGAAGCGCCAGCGCCGAAAGCACCGAGACUGCCAGUGCCAGCGCAUUCAUCUAGUGUACGACCUCCUGAUCGAUAUCAUUUCCACUUACCUCCUCCUGGUCCACCGUCUUACAAUUUCAACAGGUUUGAUCCAAAUUCUUCAAAUUCUUCGUAUUGAUAUCAACGACUUCGAUUCUUCAGCAUUCAGCAUUCAGCGUGGCGUUCGGGAGGUAAUCAAUAGCCAAAAGCUAUCCUGGGUGGUAUUGUGAUGGCAAUGGUCUCGGUAUCUUGGGACAAGAGUGGGGCGGGCAUGAUGCAGGCCGAUGGACGAACUGCUGCAGGCGGCGCGACAUGAGGCUGUCAUCUUUUGUGGCUGCGGUCCGCAGCGUACGAAUUGUGAGAUGGCAGCUGCUUCUUCAUGACGGAUGACGUCGAUCUUUUCAUCGAUCAUGUGUACAUUAACGAACAUCGACAUUGACAUCGACGUGCUUGGAGGACAUGUAAUUAGCAGGAUCAAUGAUUGAGAUGAACAUUCUAUGAUGGCUGGGCCGCAUGCCCUCACGAUCAACAAAGCAGAAUCCUAAUCAGUAUCUUACGAGAAGCUAUGAAGCAAUAAGGACCACGUUGAUAAACACA